AUGGAUUUUUCUUGUUUAAAGACCUCUCGGGGAGAACCUUUCAAGUCUUCGGGGCCAACACACAUUACUUCUAUUGAUUGGAACAACAAACGUGACCUAAGAACCGUAGCUGCCAGCUUGGUUAUGGGUGUGUACAACCAAGAACGUGAACGCCAAAGCCAAGGGUCUCAACCACUACUUUCUGAUGAUGAUGCCUCCAUAGUUGGCGCUAUUUACGAGUACAAAUAUCUAGAUUCUCACAUUUUCCAUUCACCCGUGAAGCCACCAAGAUAUGUGAUUGCCUUUCGAGGAAACAUCCUCAAACCAGCCACCGUGGUAAAGGAUAUCAAGUCGGAUGUUCGUUUGUUUUUCAACACACUAGAAAAGAGUCACCGAUUUCUUGUUGCAUGGCAAGCUGUGCAAAUAAUGGUUGCUUUAGUUGGUGAUACUAACCCUGUGAAUAUCUGGUUAGCAGGGCAUUCUUUGGGUGCCGCAAUAGCUUUGUUGGUGGGAAGGAACAUGGUUACAGAAGGUUGUUAUCUCGAAACUUACCUCUUCAAUCCGCCAUUCCUUUCUACCCCUAUAGGGUCUAUUAAGAGUGAAAAGGUAAAGAAUGCAGCCCACUUCAUAGAUAACUUUAGCAAAGCUACAGUUGCUUUGGUUAGGCCCCGUCAACGAACCGACCAAGCUCAACUAUUCACUACAUUAUCUGAAUGGGUUCCAAAGUUAUAUGUGAACCCAUUGGACCCUAUUUGCUCAGAGUAUAUUGGAUAUUUUGAGGGCUGGGAAAAGAUGACAAAGAAAGGUUUUAGAGCAAUUGAGAGGCUUGUUACGCAGAAUUCAGUACGUGCUCUAGUCUCUGAUAAAGAACCAGUACAUCUCCUUCCUUCUGCGAAUGUCACUAUUAAUCGGCCCGUUCGUGUUUUCUGCCAAGAUCAUGGAAUCCAACAAUGGUGGAGAAAUGAUGGCCU